AGAUUGAAUUAGUUUACUCAACCACCUCAAGCCCGAAUACGAUGCCAUUAAACCGCAUCUCGUACCCCACUACGAAUUUCUGCCGGCCCCUCUUCGAAUUCGCCAGGGUUCUUCACCGACCAGUGACCGGUGAACUUUCCCUUGUACACAACAGCCAUCUGCUAUUUUUACUGUGUUGUUGGUAAUUGGAAAACUCUUAUCCGCUGCUAUACAAACCAGCGUUUGUAUUAACCUGUUUGUUAGCCUACAAUGUCGACCACUACCACCGUCACAACUACCGAGCCUAUCACGGCCACCAACAUCUUGCGACUUUUCCCCGAGAUCGAUAGCACUGCCACCGAUUCCUCACUCGAAGGCUACGAUGAGGAGCAGAUCCGCUUGAUGGACGAAGUCUGCAUCGUCUUGGAUGAGAACGAUUUGCCCAUCGGCAAGGCUAGCAAGAAGAUUUGCCACUUGAUGACCAACAUCGACAAGGGUCUCUUGCACCGCGCAUUCUCCCUCUUCCUCUUCAACGACAAGAACGAGCUCCUCCUCCAGCAGCGCGCCUCCGAGAAGAUCACCUUCCCCGACCUGUGGACAAACACAUGCUGCUCCCACCCUCUUGGCAUCCCCGGCGAGACUGGCUCUAACUUGCCUGAUGCUAUCAUGGGUGUUAAGCGUGCUGCCCAGCGCAAGUUGGACCAGGAACUCGGUAUUAAGAAGGAGCAGGUCCCUCUUGAAGACUUCCACUUCCUUACCCGCAUCCACUACAAGGCUCCCAGCGACGGCAAAUGGGGCGAGCACGAGAUCGAUUACAUCCUCUUUAUCAAGGCAAACGUCGAUCUCAGCAUCAACCCUAACGAGGUCCAGGCCACUCAAUACGUCACUCCCGAGACGCUCAAGGCCCAGUUCCAAGACCCCAAGCUCAAGUUCACUCCCUGGUUUAAGCUCAUUUGCGACUCCAUGCUGUUUGAGUGGUGGGCUAACCUUGACUCUGGUCUUGAUAAAUACCUUAACGAGCAACAGAUCCGCCGCAUGUAAAUUGGAUCUCCCUGUUCGAUAUAACAAGACGACGACCUAUCGGAACAACAGAGUCUUGACGACGAAAGAAAAAGUUUCAACAUACCUAUUUAUGCUUGCCUAAUAAUAGAAUUUCAUCUUUACUAUAUUUUAAAGCUAGCGGCGUUGCGUGAAGAAGGUCAGGUACAGUGGCGCGGCUGUACAAGUAGAUGAGGCUGGCAAAUCUUCAAUACAAACGACUCCAUUUGGAUUCCGAUU